AUGACUUUCACUUCAAGCUCUGUAGAUUCUGAGGUGACUAAGGCCAAUGUGAGAACCAUGGACUUUCCAAAGUUGGUAGAGGAGGAGUCUGACCAGAUGGACAGACGUUACUGUGAAGGGGUUGGUCAAGCAGGUGUCACAGGACUCUGUGCUGCUGGAUAUUACUGUGUGAAGAUGGCGACAACUCCAACUCCAAAUGAUGGUAUUUCUGGAAAAGCCUGUCCUUCAGGACAUUUCUGUGUCAGUGGAGCUACUGCUCCUCAGCCAUGUCCACUUGGUUAUUAUAGCAACAGCUCUCAGAACUCCAGGGUAGAAGAUUGUCUUUCAUGCCCCCCAGGUUCAGGGUUGCCUUUCCAAUCUCCAUGUCCAGUUGGAACAUUUAGCAACCAUACUGGGUUGGGUGCAGUUUCAGAUUGUCUGUUGUGUCCUCGUGGGAAGUACUGUGACCGAGAAGGCCUGACUGAACCAACGGGAGACUGCUGGGAAGGGUAUUAUUGCAUUGAAAGAUCUUCCUCUCCAAAUCCAACUGAUGGAAUAACAGGUCAGAGGUGCCCCAGAGGUUCAUACUGCCCCAAAGGUACUGAGAAUAUUCUACCCUGUCCAAUUGGACACUUUGGGCCUAUGCAAGGUAGUGGGUCAGAAAUUGAUUGUCUCCCCUGCCCGCCAGGAUUAUUCUGUAACUCCUCUGGCUUGGUGGCUGCAACUGGAAAAUGCAAUGCUGGCUACUACUGUACAGGAAGUUCAAGGACAGCAACACCCAUAGAUCAUAUGACAGGUGGUAUGUGUAAGCCUGGGAGCUACUGCCCAGCUGGUGCUGUACAUCCAGUUCCAUGCGAUCCUGGUGAACACUGCAAUGGGUUUGCUCUGUCAACUCCUUCUGGCCCCUGUCGAGCUGGUUAUUUUUGUGAUGGAAACGCUUAUAGACCUGAUCCACCGGAGAAUGUUUGCCCACCAGGACAUUAUUGUCCUGCAGGAUCAAAAGCUGCCUCACCCUGUCCACCAGGGUCUUUUGCUGGUACAGCUGUUCUGUAA